AUGCCGGUGUGGCUGCGGGAGUACAGCUGGCGGCAGACCGGCUCCGCCGUGUACCUCUCGCUGCCGUUGCGCGGCGUUCGGGUCCCCCCCGCCAACAUCUGCUGCGCUGACCAAUACCUGAAGGUAAGCAUCCCUCCCUUUUUAUUUGAAGCCAUUUUAUAUGCUCCUAUUGAUGACACAAAUAGCACAGCAAAGAUUGGAAAUGGAAUCAUUUUCUUCACUUUGUAUAAAAAAGAAGUGGCCAUGUGGGAUUCCCUAACUCUAGCAACUGCUAAUAAGGAGAAACUGCAAUAUCUAAGAGAGAAUGCUGUUCUAAAAGCCCAUGAAAAGGCAAAAGAGGAGACCAAAGCAAAAAAAGUUACAAAACAGGAGCACAAAAAAUAUGCUUUGGAGGCCACAAUGAAGCUAGAAGAAGCAGAAAGAAAAAGAAUUGAAGAUCUGAAAGAAAAGGAGCGGCAGAAGGUCACUAAGGAGUUGGCGUUAUGGAAAAAACAGCAAAAAGAUGCUGAGAAACAAAAGAGGGUACAAAAAGAAGGGGAACUACAUCAAGAAGUAGAGCAAUUAAAGGAGAAGAAAAAGGAAAAAAUAAACAAAACUAGGAUUCCUAAUGAAGAAACUUCUGAGACCAGACUCAAACCUACUAAAGGUCAUGGUUCCUAUAGUAUGUUUUCAGAAAAUUUAAAGGAAGAACAGUUACCAGCUCCUCGAUCUGCUGCUACAAUUAAAAUCAACUUUACAUCACGAGUUUUUCCUACAGCUCUGCGAGAAUCUCGCAUCGCAGAAGAGGAGGAGUGGCUAAAAAAACAAGCAGAAGCUCACAGAGAUGGUGAACGUCUACAUAGUAGAGAAUUUAUUGACAGCUUAUGGGGUUUUAAUCUGAUAAACAAAAUGUUUGCAAUGGGAAACUAUCUUGCAGCUGUUAAUGCAUAUAACCUCGCAGUGCGGCUAAACAAUAAGCUUCCCCUACUGUACCUGAAUCGUGCUGCUUGCCACCUUAAACUGAGAAAUUUACAUAAAGCUAUUGAAGAUUCCUCUAAGGCACUAGACCUGCUGACACCACCCGUUCCUCAUAACGAGCAUGCUCGAGUAAAAGCAUAUGUGAGACGUGGAACAGCAUUUUGUCAGCUGGAAUUAUAUACUGAAGGUCUCCAGGAUUAUGAAGCAGCUCUCAAGAUUGAUCCUAAAAAUAAAACUAUAGAACAAGAUGCUGAGAAGAUUCGACACCUAAUUCGAGGAACAAUACAAGAUUCUUAACAAAAAAAAAAAGGGAACUUUUUGAGAGGGAUGCCUUUUGAGGGCAUCGGAAGGAAUCUUAGUUCUCUUCAAUAUGUUGUUAACUAGGCAUUUUUCUGUUUCACUCAGAACCCCUACAGAACUGGUAAAAGAUUGGACAUAUGAAUUACUGUUUUUGGAAAGUAUAGUCUUAUAACAAAUAUGAUUAGAUCUAUUUUACAUAAUUUUGAUACAAAGUUGUCAUUUUUGCUCUCUGUGAAAUAUUGGUGGGCCAAAUAUUAAAACAUGCUUUUGGUACUUGAUUUAAAGUUACUCAUAACUAAAUUAAAUACUUGUCUGGAAAUACCUACUGAAUCUAGACAAUGGGUUUUCAGACAACUUCAGUAGCUCCAUAUAGUCAACACCUGUUAACUUCUUAUCUUUCUGUUCUCCACCAAAGCUUGAAACAGUUACGUGUUUUAUGGUUAUGGCUAUAUGUUUUCCUCUUUUCUUAUUGUUCGUGGUGUUUGGCAUAUCUGAAACUAAGGCAGUGAAUUUAGAUACUCUAAUUCGGGCAUCCAAUUUGGAAAACCUCCACCUGGAAGCAUAGAGGUAGAUUUUAUGUCGUGCAGAACAUUCUUUUUAACAUUAAGUAAUGUACAUUGAAUAUUUUCAGACUAUUUUGAAACAUUUAUUUGGGCUGAACAAACAAGGUAAUUGGAAAAAUUAUAAACCUGUAGCAUGGUAUUGUUGUGUGGUGGUAAAUUAAUCCUGUGGUAAAUUGUCCUAUUGAUGAAUAUGACUUACUUCUUCCAUCCUACUACAAUUAGUAAUCUUACAGUGUAGCUGUAAAGCAUAUUCUAAAUCCACAACAUUGUUAUUUAUAUGAGAAUAUAUAUUUUUCUUGAGCUGGUA